CGAGGAUUUACCGGAGUACGUUGCUGAGAUGAGCAGCUAGUAGCAAUGGACCAAGAAAGGUCUGCAUCUUCGCGGAAAUCGCUAAAUUCUGAGAUAGGGGGGGAAGUAGAAGUCGUCUACUUUAAGCUGAAGGUGCUGAAGGGUCAGAAAGCUCCCUGGUUUUGCUGUCCAUUCUACAUCUGUGAGCGCCUGUACUUGCCGUCAUGCCCCUUCAUGGAGCAUCUGCUGGCCGAGAAGGCGGCGGGGGCGUGGCCGGAGGAGCCGUGGGUGCUCACUGGCAGUGAGGCCUUUUUCGAGCGUUUCGAGAUCGAUCGACACCAGUGUGCUCACCACCCAGGACGUGCAGACCCUGUACAACCAGAGGAAGAGAGGCUUCGUAACCUUUCGUGAGCAUCAGCACAGAGGGGGGCUGGACACAAAGAGAGCGUCUGUAUGUGCUGUUGCUUACUGUUGCUUAUUCAGGCAAUAUUCAGGCAAUGCCGUGACAGAUCCCCAGCCAUCGGCCAACAACACUGGCCAGCAGACGGUAAGUUCUCGCACUCACCAUCGAGUUGAAGAGAAACCAAGCCGUCUGCUGUUCCUUCAGCCCACUGGGUCUCCUCCCGGCGACGCGGGCUCUGCUCGCGCAGCGGCUAGGCCCACUGGGUCUGCCGACGAGGCGGGCUCUGCUCCCGAAGCGGAUCAGGGGCAGCAGGUAUCACUCCCACAUCUCAUAUCAACAGGGGAUCCACACCUGUGUUUUGAAUGGACCAUUGACGGAUUGGUGUGGUGCGUGUGUGCCUGUUUGCGUUGUGUGGUGCAGGUGGGUCGUGCUGCAUCGUACCACACCUCUACGGACCAAGGGCAGGUAAGUCGACAACACCAAAUCCACCCUCACCGAGUGUAUGAAUCGUCUCUUUGCUGGUCGAUGUGGGUGUCGCUUUCAGGGUGGUCGUGACAGCGGUUUGGCGUCCCCGUCGGCCGUGCCGUCGCCACCAGCACCAGCUCCUGCUGCCGCCGCCGCCGCUGCUUCGUCAUCCCAGGACCAACCUGAUGUUCCGUAUGCUCCCAUGGUGCGCACGUGCUUGCACAGAUCUCCAUCCAUUGCGUGGUGGAUGCGUGUAUGUAUUGUGUGGGGCCUGUCUGUUGUGGGUCAACAGGAGGUUUCUCCCUCUCCCUACGAGUCCGAGCAGGUACACAAAACUGACCCCCAUCCAGCGGCACACAACCUCACCCAUGGUGCUCUCUGCUAUGUGUAUGUAUGGAUGUGUGGCUGUGCAGCGGGACGACAGUGGGUCGGGGCACACGUUGUCGAGUAGUCGCCCGCACCAACAGCAAGACCAGGCCCACCAGGUACGGAACCCCACAUACUCUCCGUUUGUUCCACCUUGUUUGAUGGCUGGAUUGGUGUGGUGCGUGUGUGCCUGUUUGCGGUGUGUGUUGCAGGUGGGUCGUACUGCAUCGUACCACACCUCUACGGACCAAGGGCAGGUAAGUCAACAACACCAAAUCCUCCCUCACCGACUCUAUGAAUCGUCUCUUUGCUGGUCGAUGUGGGUGUCGCCUUUCAGGGUGGUCGUGACAGCGGUUUGGCGUCCCCGUCGGCCGUGCCGUCGCCACCAGCUCCUGCUGCUGCCGCCGCCGCCGCUGCUUCGUCAUCCCAGGACCAACCUGAUGUUCCGUAUGCUCCCAUGGUGCGCACGUGCUUGCACAGAUCUUCCAUCCAUUGCGUGGUGGAUGCGUGUAUGUAUGUGUGGGGCUUGUCUGUUGUGGGUCAACAGGAGGUCUCUUCCCCUCUCUACGAGGCCGAGCAGGUACGCGAAACUGACCUCCAUCCAGCGGCACACAACCUCACCCAUGGUUCACUCUGCUAUUUGUAUGGAUGGAUGUGUGGCUGUGCAGCGGGACGACAUUGGGUCGGGGCACACGUUGUCGAGUAGUCGCCCGCACCAACAGCAAGACCAGGCCCACCAGGUACGGAACCCCACAUACUCUCCGUUUGUUCCACCUUGUUUGAUGGCUGGAUUGGUGUGGUGCGUGUGUGCCUGUUUGCGGUGUGUGUUGCAGGUGGGUCGUACUGCAUCGUACCACACCUCUACGGACCAAGGGCAGGUAAGUCGACAACACCAAAUCCUCCCUCACCGACUCUAUGAAUCGUCUCUUUGCUGGUCGAUGUGGGUGUCGCCUUUCAGGGUGGUCGUGACAGCGGUUUGGCGUCCCCGUCGGCCGUGCCGUCGCCACCAGCUCCUGCUGCUGCCGCCGCCGCCGCUGCUUCGUCAUCCCAGGACCAACCUGAUGUCCCGAACGACAACAAAAUCGAAGUGCUUCCCGUUGGCAGCUCCGACGGGGCGACCUCACCGUCAAUGCGGCAUGAGAAGUAGUCGGCGGGGCCUCGCCAACCCUCCUGAACGAUGAAUGUGCCAUAGCAAGGAGUUUGUUCCGGCCGCCCUACACUGCGUACAGAAACCGUUGUGUUGCGAGCCUGCGGAAUGCAAAGCGGAAAACUGGCGAGGAAUCGCCCACGGCAUACAUGUCGACAGCAAUGAGCAUCAAAAGAGACGUCAACCAACAAGGGGAACAAAACGCUUCAUUUGACAUUGCAGAGAUAUCGCAAGAACACUGCCCGGAAUUGGCCCGGAAUUCAACCAAUGGGAGCGUACAGAAAGCCUGGCUGCCGUAAUUGAUGCGCGGCUAUGUCACGGGACGGGGAAUAUAUGGGCAGACAUAUCCUGUGAUUAUGGGCGGAAGAUUCAAAGGAUCGUCGAAGUUUCGACCAUGGCACCUGUAUUGAUUCAUCAGUGCAGCCCCAGGAGUCGAUCUUUCUGCCUCCUCACCCGUGACUCUGCCGGGAGGCAAGAGAUUUUGGCGGGGGGGGAGGAAAGAGCGGAAACAAGGAUUUUUUUCGCUUCUACACAGCAAGAAUGGCUGGCAGGGGCAUGAUUGACGGAGAGUCGAUUUCUUUUGGGUCACGAUAUUGAAUGACAAUGAAGGCAGAGACAGGAGACCGUUGGUCUAUAUGCAGAGAACACCAACAGGGCUACACUGGAUGGUUCUUUGCAUUGCACUGCGAAUCGAAUUCGCAAGAGAGCAGAAUCAAAGGGCAGGCUGGCCUAAGGCAGCAGACACAGGGGAGCUAUCUCAAUC